AUGUCCCCUGACUACCAUCUCAUCGGGUCAUACACCCGCUACUCCAGCUGGACAGCCCGAGUCGAGACAGUCCUCGAGUACUUCGAGAUCCCAUAUACAUCCAAAAUGCUCACCUUCAACGAGAUCAAAGCCCACUCCCCCAGCGGCCUCGUCCCAAUGCUCCACUCCACCCCGCUGUCCAUAACAGUAACAGACUCCCUCGCGAUUCUCGAGUUCCUCGCAGACCAGAACCCGCAUAUCCCGCUGUGGCCGCGCGAUCCGGCCCUGCGCGCUCUGGCCCGCAGCGCCACCGCCGAGAUGCACUCUGGGUUCCCGGCUCUGCGAAACACGUUUCACACGAACUUUGUCGCGCGGUAUGAGGGGCUGAUCCCUGCGUCUAGAUCUGCGGGGGCGAAGCAGGAGAUUAAGCGGGUGUUGAGGAUCUGGGAUGAUGCAAGGAGGGUGACGGUCGAGAGACUGGGGGCUGGAGCUGUGGGUGAGUAUUCCAGUGCAGGCGAAGAUGAAGGGUUUCUGUUUGGGGGCUUUAGUAUCGCCGAUGCAUUUUACUGGCCUGUUUUAUGGCGCUUUCGCACGUACAAUCUGCCCCUCGACGAUGCGAGUCCAGCGGUGCUGAAGUGGAUGGAGAAGAUGUGGAAUGAUUCGAAACUGAAGCAGCUGGUUCAUGGGUACUAUCGCCAGGCCGAGAACCCGGAGACGCGGAUUGAGAAGUACGAGAACAUCUUUGCCGGCGAGGGCGUGCAGGCCUCGACGUUUCCUGAGGACUGGGUGUUUGCUGCGCCUCGAGCUGCGUAA